AGUCUUGCCCCCCUAUAAUUCGUUCCUUCCAUUUGCAUCUCUAUUUCUUUGUCAUAUUUUUAAAUUAAAAAAUCAUCAAUCAAAUAUGUAAUAAUAUCUCCACUACACGGCACAUACACAUAGUAGCUAACACCAUUUGCAUAUUAAAGAGAGUCACAAGCCAAUUCUGAACCACACACUCACUUAUUUGUUUCUUUCAACUCACUCACUCACUCACUCACAGAGUAAUGGCAUCCAUGGCGGCUAUAGGUUCUCUGAAUGUUCCUUGUUCUGCUUCUUCGCGUUCAUCGAAUGUGGGAAGAAAAAGCUUUCCACGCAGCCUUUCAUUCUCUGCAUCACAACUUUGUGGAGACAAGAUUCACACAGAUUCAGUUUCAUUCGCACCAAAAAUCGGUCGCAAUCCUGUAAUUGUUACCCCUAAAGCAGUUUCUGAUUCCCAAAACUCCCAAACCUGUCUUGAUCCCGAUGCUAGCAGAAGUGUGCUUGGCAUUAUACUUGGAGGUGGUGCUGGGACUCGUCUUUAUCCACUGACCAAGAAGAGGGCAAAGCCAGCUGUUCCUCUUGGAGCUAACUAUAGGCUAAUUGACAUUCCUGUUAGCAACUGCUUGAAUAGCAACGUCUCCAAGAUCUAUGUUCUCACUCAAUUCAAUUCCGCCUCGUUAAACCGACACCUUUCUCGUGCUUAUGCAAGCAACAUGGGUGGCUACAAAAAUGAGGGAUUUGUUGAGGUUCUUGCUGCUCAGCAGAGUCCUGAGAAUCCUAAUUGGUUCCAGGGUACUGCAGAUGCUGUCAGGCAGUAUUUGUGGCUUUUUGAAGAGCACAAUGUUUUGGAAUUCUUGGUUCUGGCUGGUGACCAUUUGUAUCGAAUGGAUUACGAGAAAUUUAUCCAAGCGCAUAGGGAAACUGAUGCUGAUAUCACUGUGGCUGCAUUGCCAAUGGAUGAAAAGCGUGCCACUGCAUUUGGCCUGAUGAAGAUUGAUGAAGAGGGGCGUAUAAUUGAAUUCGCCGAAAAGCCAAAAGGAGAACAGUUGAAAGCUAUGAAGGUUGAUACUACAAUUUUGGGUCUUGAUGACGAGAGAGCAAAGGAAUUGCCUUAUAUUGCUAGCAUGGGUAUAUAUGUUGUUAGCAAAAACGUGAUGUUAGACCUGCUCCGUGAGAAGUUCCCUGGUGCAAAUGACUUUGGGAGUGAAGUGAUUCCUGGUGCUACUUCUAUUGGAAUGAGGGUGCAAGCUUACUUGUAUGAUGGCUACUGGGAAGACAUUGGUACAAUUGAGGCUUUCUAUAAUGCAAAUCUGGGAAUCACCAAAAAGCCUGUGCCUGACUUCAGUUUCUAUGAUCGUUCAUCUCCAAUCUACACCCAACCACGAUAUUUGCCUCCCUCUAAGAUGCUUGAUGCUGAUGUCACUGAUAGUGUUAUUGGUGAAGGAUGUGUGAUUAAGAACUGCAAAAUUCACCAUUCUGUGGUUGGGCUGCGAUCUUGCAUAUCAGAAGGUGCAAUUAUUGAAGACACGUUAUUAAUGGGGGCAGAUUAUUACGAGACGGAGGCUGAUAAGAGGUUUCUGGCUGCUAAAGGCAGUGUUCCAAUUGGUAUAGGCAGGAACUCUCAUAUCAAAAGGGCAAUUAUCGACAAGAAUGCUCGAAUUGGGGAAAAUGUCAAGAUUAUUAACAGUGACAAUGUCCAAGAAGCUGCAAGGGAAACAGAUGGGUAUUUCAUAAAAAGUGGGAUUGUCACAGUAAUCAAGGAUGCUUUAAUUCCUAGUGGAACAGUCAUCUAAACACCACCACCACCCCAAAAAAUUUCUUGUACCCCAAAUCCUAAUGGUGACUGCAAAGCUCAUUACCACCGCUGGAGAGUUUAUCAAGCUAUGCUUCCUCGUCUAAGAUAGGCUUUUGUGUUUCAUGAUAUAUAUUUUUGGGCAGUGGCUUGUAAAUUAUAGCGGGAGAGAAGGCCCGCUAUGAGCAAUCACGCUGUAAAGUUCAUUAUUCAAUUGAAUAAAAGUUUCUUCAUUUCGUACUAA